AUUAGAACUUUGUGUGAAGUGCUUCUGUGUAAAUUGAGCUGUGAAACCGUGAUUUUCUGGAAUACACACCAAUUUAGCUGUAGAUAUUUUGGGUUAAGGAAGAUCAGUGAUCUUGUGUGAUCAUAACUUUAGUUUCACUUUGUUUCAACACCAAAAAUAUUUUGGUUAAAUAGGAAAAUGAAGUUUAUGAUCGUGUGCAGUACUAUUCUGCUGAUGGCCAUUUGGACAGCACUGGGAGCACCUCAGGGACCCCGUGAUGAGCCAAUUGCCAUUGUUAGUCAGGACACAAAUAUUGAACCUGAUGGAUCAUAUCAGUACAGUUAUGAAACUGCCAAUGGAAUCAAGGGUCAAGAGACGGGUACCCUUAAACGUGCUACGAGUCCUGACGCUACCGAUGUGAUCAUUGCGCAAGGAUCAGUGACAUAUACAUCUCCGGAAGGACAAGUGAUCACAUUAAACUACUCUGCUGACGAUGAGAAUGGAUUUGUGCCUCAGGGUGAUCAUUUGCCUACAAGUCCACCAAUUCCUCCUGCAAUUGAGAAAGCCCUGCAGUACAUUGCUUCCCAGGCAAAGACACGGAAGUAGACGAUUAACUGCCAAGUCGCCACCCAUCUUACACACGUCUUACAGAUUUAUAGAUAUGAAAUUAAUACUCUGUGCAGAUGCGAUACCAAAUUUUGCUACGAUGAUGAUGAUGUAAAAAAUUUAAAUUUUUUUUCUGUUGCCAUACAAAAAGAAAUAUCGCAAGAAAAUGAAAUGAAAAAAAAUACAUAAAAUGUUUUAUAAGAAA